CUUCCGCUACUGCGUGCAAAAGUUUGUUUGAGCCUCGUUAAACUUCAGCACCUUAAUGACAUCCGGCUUAUAAUUUACUUAGACUUUACAUGUUUCGAUUUCCCGUUACUUAUUAUAGCGAAUAGAUAAUUUUAGUCUGCAUAAGUUCGUUUUUGCGGAUUUCUUCGAGUGAUGAGUAUGUCGACGAACACCUUGUACAAUGAUCAAACUGGAGCGGAGGCUGCUGUGGAAGCGGGGCAGGAGAGCACACCGACCUCCUCUGGCACCGCGGUUGGGUUUGGACUUUUCAGCAGUGACUUUAAAAAGAAUGAAGAUCUUAAAGAGAUGCUUGAGAGCAACAAGGAAUCGCUGAAACUAGAGGCUAUGAAAAGGGUUGUUGGGUUGAUUGCUAAAGGGAAAAAUGCAUCUGAAUUGUUUCCAGCUGUUGUGAAGAAUGUUGCCAGUAAGAACAUUGAGCUUAAGAAGCUUGUAUAUGUUUACCUGGUGAGGUAUGCAGAGGAGCAGCAGGACCUGGCUUUGCUGUCUAUCAGCACCUUUCAGAGGGCCCUCAAGGACCCAAACCAGCUUAUCCGAGCCAGUGCUCUGAGGGUUUUGUCCAGUAUUCGUGUCCCUAUAAUUGUCCCCAUCAUGAUGUUGGCCAUCAAAGAGGCUUCCACUGAUCUGUCCCCCUAUGUCAGGAAGACUUCCGCCCAUGCUAUCCAGAAGCUUUACAGCCUUGAUCCAGACCAGAAGGAACAGCUCAUUGAAGUGAUCGAUAAACUAUUGAAAGACAAAAGCACACUGGUGGCUGGCAGUGUGGUGAUGGCCUUUGAGGAAGUGUGUCCGGACCGCAUCGACCUAAUUCAUAAAAACUACCGUAAGCUGUGUAACUUGCUGGUGGAUGUGGAGGAGUGGGGCCAGGUGGUCAUCAUUUCCAUGCUGACACGCUAUGCUAGGACACAGUUCACCAGCCCUUGGAAGGAGGGUGUUGAGUUUGAAAUUAGUGAGAAGGUAUUCUAUGACUCUGACGACGAGAAGAAAGACCAUGUGGAGGCCAAGCCCUACAUCAUGGACCCAGACCACAGACUUCUGCUCAGCAACACCAAACCUCUACUUCAGAGUAGGAACACUGCUGUAGUGAUGUCUGUUGCUCAGCUCUACUGGCACCUGGCCCCAAAGCAUGAAUUCAGCAGUGUUACUAAAUCACUGGUGCGACUACUGAGGAGCCAUAGAGAAGUGCAAUACAUUGUGCUUCAGAAUAUUGCUACUAUGUCCAUUCAGAGGAAGGGAAUGUUUGAACUGUACAUGAAGAGUUUCUAUGUGAGAUCCACUGAUGCCACCCAUAUCAAAACACUGAAGCUAGAGAUCCUGACCAACCUUGCCAAUGAAGCCAACAUCUCUGUCAUCCUAAGAGAAUUCCAGACCUACGUGAAAAGCCAAGAUAAGGCAUUUGCAGCUGCUACCAUUCAAGCUAUUGGAAGGUGUGCCACUAACAUUUCUGAGGUUGCAGACACCUGUCUUAACGGGCUGGUUUUGCUACUCUCCAACAGAGAUGAAACUGUUGUGGCAGAGAGUGUGGUGGUAAUCAAGAAGUUGCUCCAGACCAAGCGUACUCAGCACAGUGAAAUCAUCAAACACAUGGCCAAGCUCCUUGACAACAUCACUGUUCCAAUGGCCCGGGCCAGCAUUUUGUGGUUGAUAGGAGAAUACUGCGAGAGAGUGCCUAAGAUUGCCCCUGAUGUACUCCGAAGAAUGGCCAAGAGCUUCACUGCAGAGGAGAAUAUUGUCAAGCUCCAGACUGUUACCCUGGCAGCCAAACUCUACUUGACCAACUCUAAGCAGACCAAGCUGUUGACCCAGUACAUCCUGAACCUUGGCAGAUAUGACCAAAGCUAUGAUAUCCGAGACCGUACACGCUUCAUAAGACAGCUGAUUGUGCCCAGCGGGAAUAGUGAAGUCCUCAGAAAAUAUGCACGAAACAUCUUAUUUGCCCCCAAACCAGCUCCAGUCCUUGAGUCUGCCUUCAAAGAUAGAGGCCGUUUCCAAUUGGGCACCCUGUCACACAGCCUCAAUAUUAAAGCGACAGGAUACCUGGAGCUUUCAGAUUGGCCAGCUAUCGCUCCUGACCAAACCGUGAGGAACGUGGAGGUCGUUGAGCCGGUAAAGGAGUGGGCAGCAUCAGUAGGACACCCAAAGUCAGCCAAAUCGGAUGACAAGUUCUACUCCGACUCUGGAGAGGAUGAUCAUGAAGCGGAGGAAGAAGGGUCUGAAAGCAGCAGCAGCAGUGAAAGCAGCAGUGGCAGUAGAAGUAGUGAAGAGUCGGACAGUGAGGAUGAGAGCGGUGACAAGAGUAGUGAAGAGUCAGAGAGGAGUUCCAGUGAAUCAGGAAAAAGUUCCAGUGAAUCUGAAUCAGAACAAAAAAAGAAGAGAAAGACAAAGGCUGCACAGAAGAAGGGCAAGCAAACAGCUGUUGACAGUGAGUCUGAUGAAAAUGGUCCUGUGGCCAAAGCCAGUAGCUCAUCAGCAGAAAGUUCCUCUGAAUCAGAAACGGAGUCUGAGGAUGACUCUGACACUGACUCGGACACAAAGCUGAAGAAAAGUGGCAAGUCUAAACACAAGGUGAAGUCCAAGAGGGAAGUGUCUUUGAUAGAACCAUACAGCAGCUUGAGUCCUUUAGAUGGCUCUACACUGGUCGCCACAUCAUCACCUGUUGUACUCUCUCCAAGCCUACUGUUAGACCUGGAAGGCCUCUCUCUCUCCAGCAUCUCCUCCACCAUGCAGGUGAAUAGCCCUAGUUUUGCCCCUGUCCAGAACCAUGAGCUGCUUCACCAUAUGAUGGGGAAGGGUCUGUCAGCUCAAUACCAGUUCCCCAGACAGCCAUGUCUGUAUCAGUCCAACAUGGUAUCUGUGCAGCUCUCACUCGCCAAUAGCACUGACCACACGCUGGAGGAGAUCCACAUAGGAGACAGGAACCCUGCUAGCCUUAACAUUCACUGCUUCAAUGUCAUUGAUCGACUAGAGCCCGAGGCCUCAGUUACUGUUUCCAUGGGUAUUGACUUCAAUGACUCCACACAAGCAGCCAACUUCCAGCUAUGUACAAAGGAAGACCAAUUCAGUGUGUCCAUCCAGCCUGCUGUAGGAGAGUUAUUAACGCCCAUCAGCAUGACAGACCAGGACUUCUGCAAGGAACAAUGUAAACUGCUGGGCAUGAAUGAGAUCUCGGCGACCAUCACAAUGCCAGAAAAGACCACAUCAAGUCAGGCGAUCUGCAAACAGGUUCUGUCUGUGGCCAACGUUGGAGUGGUACCAUCCAGUCAAAACAACUUGCACAGGUUUGCAGGGAGGACAGUCAGCAGUGGAGCCCUAGUGCUGGUGUCAAUGGAGUUGAGUGAGUCCUCCACUGUCCUGCUCACCAUCAACACAGAGAAAAGUGUAAUGGGCUCCAUGUUGCUGAGAGAGCUCAAACAAGCCCUAGUCAAGGCAUAGGCACAGUGCCACCACCGAAGGUCCUCCAGGUCACAACGCUGCACAACAAAAAAACGCAGGAGAUAAAGGGGAGGGAAGCUCACUUGAAGAAUUCUUUUUUUUUCCUUUUAAACAUAAAAAAAUCAUAAUAAUAAUGGCAUAUAAACAUGUAGAUGUCAAAAACAAUAGCUAGAAACAUACAUACACGCAUAUAUAAAAAAAAUUGUGAAGGAAAAAAAAUCCCCCGCCCCCUGCAAAGACUUAACAAAUUGAAGGAAAAAAACACACACAAACAGUCUUCAUGGUAAAUUGCAACAUAAGUACUGUUAGUGCUACAGAUUAGUCUUGAAUAAUCAAAGGAGCAAAAUUACAAGGAAAAAUAAGAACCAACAGCCAGCUUUACUGAGGUACACUCUGGAACUGCAGUGUCUCUAUAUGGUUAAAUAGAGGUUGCCAUAUUUUGAAAAAUUUAGCCAUAGAUUCACGUAGUGUGUAUUUGAUCUUUUCUAAUUUACUAAAAUGAAGAACAUCUCUGAUCCUAGCCUCAUGGGAUAGAGGAGAGGUUUCUUAUAUUUUGUCUUGUGGUCCAAUGAUGUAAUAAGGCAUUAAGAUUGGGGCUGCACAAAGAAGGAUGACUAGGGGUAAAAGGGUAGGAUGUUCACAGAUGUGCAGAGAUUUUCUGAGGAAAAUGGUACAUUUUCUGAUUCAGUAUUUGAACUGCAAUAUCAGUUUCCCUUUAGUUAUCUAUGAAACAGCUCUAUACUUUUUAAUUAUAUGAGUCGGAAAUAUCAGAAUCAGAAAUACUUUAUUCAUCCCUGAGGGGAAAUUGAUCCUAUUAUAAACACCCAUGCCCUAGUAAAUAUAUACAAAUAUAGUAGAUUUAAUUCUAAUUUUAAUUUUCUGACUUGGGAGAGACAGGAUAGCUUUAUACCAUGGGAAUAACUAGAAUGAACUGGUAAAUUAAGUGGUUAUUCUCUUUUAAGAGAGACAUACACACAUACAGAGCAUUAUAUAGCAGUUGUAAUUUGCUAAGUGUUGUCGGCGUCUGUAACCAUUUCAUUCUGUUCCCCCUCCAACCUUCUCUUAUUACAAAAACCUAAGUGUAUUUUUCUCCAAUUUAAUAAUUCUAAGAAAUUUGAAGUGAUGAGCAGUUGUUCAAUGUGCAGUAGUUACAAAAAACAAAAACGCAGCAGUCAAAGAUGUGUUGAAAGGCUUGAUAGUGUACUAUAUAAAGUUAGCUUUAUUACUGUCUGAAGUUUGGGAAGAAUUUAAUAUAUUACUGCCUCACUCUGACACACCAGCACAAAUACCCUUGCCAGCUCCUAAGGUUUGUAUAAUUCCAGACUGUAACUUGUGCACUUUUUCAUUAUAUUCCUUUGUCAUUUAUUGAUAAGAAAAGUGAUCAUCUAAUUGCAUUGAUUUUAGUCAUUCUUUCGUGGCCUUGAAGAACUUAUAGGACCUUACCUUGUCAUUUUAGGCUCUCAAGGUGUGUUAUUAGAUUAGAAACCUAUGAGAGCUUUGUAAUGCCCAACAUCCCUAUCACCUCCAUUAACAGAUUCAUAUAGAGCUUUAUUCAAAAUUUUCUUAUUUUUAAUUCAUAGUUCUAUGUUUUGCCAAAGUCACAUCUAAAGUGCCUAUACAAGAUUUUCUUGCUUUCUAUGUGAUUUUUUUUUCCUAAGAAACGUAAACCUAGAGACUUUGAUCAACAGGCUCUGUAUCACUUGCUAAAAAAUAAAAACUCAAUUGAA